AUGGCAUCACAUCGACGUGGGCUGUCACAGGCUAGUGAGACCGUUGCAGGCUCAACAACAACCAACCGAAAUACCGCCGCUACGCCCACACGUAACCAAGGGCGAGCUCGGGCUCCAUCAACCAUGGGACGACACCCACCUAAUUCCGUCCUCCUUUAUGAUCCUUCUCAACAAGAAAAAACAACCUCGACCACACUGUAUCUCUCCCCAGACAAACUCAGACGAUUCCCGCCAGGUUCCUGCGGCCCUUUCACCUCUCUAAAAUUGCCACCAAAACCAGUUGAAGUGAAUGCACAAAAUCCCGGCAGUCCUUCGGCGGCAACAUCGACACCUUCUCUGGUUGCUGAUUCACCGUCCUCUGCCAGUCCUUCAACAACUACAACCCCGGUUGCGAACGAGCAAGCGUCGAGCGCUGACUUUGAAGCUAGAAGUCUGGGUAAACAUUCAUCACAUCCGGGACUAGUUUUUGGUGUUCGCAGACAUUCUAAUCGCGACGAAGCACUAGCCCAAACCGUUCAGCGAAAGUUUCUGGACCUCUUAGCGAUCCCUUCGGCUGGCAAUAUCCCUCAACAAGACAGUAGUCCUGUGCAUUACGAAACAUUUCCGCAAGCCGACGACAUGGCGCCUGUGAAAGACCCUUCAAACGUUCAUUCGACGAUUAAGGACAUUAUUCAACAUCUGUACGAGAUCCAGAUGCAGACACAUGGUUACGUCCCCGAGACACAGGACUUGCUGGUUGACAAAAUGACCGAUCUGGCCGAAUCUCUCGCUCAGUUGCAGACUCUGACAUCUCCGAGAGAGUCGCCCCACAAUCCCAUUCAUACCGUGCAGAUUGCGCCGGAGAUUGUGGAUUAUGUGGACGAUGGUCGAAACCCUGAUAUCUUCACCCGAGACUUUGUCGAGAAUGUACAACGUGGCAACGCUGUUAUCAACGGCAAGCAGCAAGCUUUUCGAGAGUUUAGUGAAAUCUAUGCAAAAGCUCUGAAGGAAGGCAUUCCAGGUAUCAGCCGACAGGUUGAUGCAGUAAUGGAGAGCGUCGGGUUCUCAUCAGAAGAUCAUGAGCCCACCAAGGAGUCAAACCUGGAGAACACCAAAUCAGAGUCUGCUCAGUGA